GAGAGACAGAGAGACAGAGAGCACUGCACACUUUUAUUCUGGCUUGCAGCUAAUCGAGUUCAUUCAGAGAAUAACUGUGUUUUUGAAUGGCAUCAUCGGGAAGGGAGUCUCACCGGGAGGAGGGUAAUGACAAGAAUCAUCAGGUUCCUGGUAAAGAGGGUUCAAAGCGAAGACAUGGGAGCUUAAGACAAGCAGACAUCCCUGCUAUUAGGAAUAUUAUGAGAGGACGGCCAACUGUGCAUGACUGGGGUUUGUACUUGGAACCUGUACUUCGAAAAGUGGUACGAGAGGAGGUUCCACCUAUAAUUCAUCGGCACCUUAAUAGCGGCGAAGAAACCCUUCAUUGGGCUGGAACAUCUGGAGGCAGAACUUUACGUUUGUGUUUUACUAACAGAUUGCCAGCAACAAUUUUUACACACACUAGAAUAACCUCUGAGGAUGGUAAUCCCAUUGGAAUUGUUCUGUGUGACGCUAGAUCUCAGAACUGCAUAGUGCAAGAAGGUCCUCUGUCCCGCAGCAGGAUAAUGAUGUGUGCGCUCAAAGGUGAGUUUGGCUCCAACGGGAGCGAGGAUUGGAGUGAAGCAGAAUUCAACGCCAAUAUCUCCCCUCGAAGAGAGAACAAGGGCGAGUUACUAAAUGGGGAAAAGUUCAUUACGUUGGAAAAUGGAGUCGGUGUUGUCCCUGACGACAUUCAUUUUAGUGAUAACUCUAGCUGGACAAGAAGCCGCAGGUUCAGGUUAGGAGCCAGAGCUGUUGAGCACGAAGCAAACAUAAGAGAAGGCAGGAGUGAAGCUUUUGUUGUCAAAGAUAAACGCGGACAGCCGUACGAGAAACACGACCGCCCAUUACUGGAUGACGCAGUAUGGAGGUUGAAAAAGAUAGCCCAAAAUGGUCAAAUUCACAGGCGGCUGUCGUUGUAUAACAUAAAAACUGUCAGGGAUCUGCUGCGGUUAUACGUAAUGAACCCUCGUUCACUACAAGAGAAAACGGGCAAAAUUGCAAAGAAGUCGUGGAACACAAUCAUUGAACACGCCAAGUCUUGCGAGCGAGAAGACGAUGGUGAGCGUUACUUUUACCAGUGUCUUACCACAGCACAACAACCAAUAGUCCUUGUCUUCAAUUCCAUCUAUGAGCUCGUGGGAGUGAGUUUUGAUGGGCAUAAUUAUCGUUUUCUGGAGUCGCUGAACUCGGAAGAGAAGUGCGUAGUGGAAACAGCUAAGCGGAAUGCCUACGAGACCAUGGAGACAAUAUAUGAGUCGUCGAUGAAGACAUUGGCAGGCGAGCCUUCCACGUCGGCAGCAUUCGGUGAAUUAAUACAAGAUGAACAGGUAGGCACUGACCAAAUGGAAAUUCACAAUACUUGUGGGGGAGAUUUGGUUGAUGGUCUGGAAUUAUGGAACUGCCUGUCGCCAUUGCCGCUGGGGCUAGGCGGAAAUCACUUUGAACCGGCCUAUAAUUAUUUGCCAGAUUUGGCUUCAACUUCAGGCACAGGGAAACGCAAAACUGUGUGGAAUAAGAUUCGACACGCUUUCAGAUUGGUGAUGCCCUUUGUGGCUCGGAGGAAGGCAAAGCUUUCAAUUCCCUGUGGCUAACUAGCCACUGCUCUAUAGCCGGCUGUUUGUUGGUUUCUCUUUUCCUGUCUCCCCACAAGUUAUAUGUUCCUCUUCAUCGUUGUUUUCAAUUUAAAAUACGCAGACUUUUGCUAUCGUUUAUUCCUCCCUACCUGUUUUAGCCACAGACGAUCGUUGUACCAGCCAAUGGGAUGACAAUGGAUAUUGGUGGUUCUAUGCAUGUUACACUUAA